GCUACUAGAUCUGAUCUGACUGCUGUCAGCUCCAUUCGGAUAGCACACUAUCACUUCCGGUUAAUACUUUCAAAAUAAAGCUACAAGUGUAGCUUACUCUCGAGGCGAGUGUGUGACAGUACAUGUUAUUGUGAAGCGUCGCUACAUCCGGUCACGAUACUUUCGCUUUACAGAAGAGGUCAGUGCUGUCCAAAGUAGUGUGUAACAACAACGUGAGUCGUGAAAAAGCUCCAUCAGCGACAAACCUCAACUUCACUCCGGAGACGGUUGCUUAGGUUACAUCUGUUCGACAGCUAGAAGGACACUUUACGACAAGAACACGUAACGUUAGCUGUAAGAGAGCUAACUGAGGCUAAUUGAGCUGUUGUUCUGAGUUGUUCUCUCUCUGGGAGGGAAUGGAGAAAGCUAAACAAGAUGCAUUCGACAGUGCCAGACUCCAAGUGAUCAAAGAUGGCUAUGAGAGGGCCUUUGAGUCCAUCAAUAAAGGACUCUCUGUAGAUGAAGCUGGAGACAAGGCUCAGGCCCUGGAGCUCUACAAGCGAGGGCGACAGCACCUUCUCCGGGCCAUGACUGUGCCUUCAAAUGGAGAGGAGUGUGUGGGCAGUUCCUGGGAUUCAGCCAGACAGAUGCAGCAGAAGAUGCAGGAGACACUGAACAACAUCACCACACGCCUGGCCAUCCUAGAGACCAGCUCUGACGUUGGAUCUGCACCCCCACUGAACACCAGUAGUGGGUCCGGCCCUAUGGCUGCAGGCAUGUCUGAAGAGAGUCUCUACCCAAAACUUCCUACUAAAAACAAGCCAGAGAGGCCUGCUGCACCAAACAUACUGUCUGCUAACAGCCAGGCAGCAGGAGCUGUGGGAGGUGUGCCUGCACGCAGUAAAGACGGUCUACCUCUCUCACCUACCAGGCAGCCUGUGGCUCCAGCAGAACAGCCUCCAGCUUAUUCUCCUCAUGCGGCUGACGGCCAUCUGUCUGUCUCAUAUGGAACAGAAGCAGGGGAGAUGUCAUUGGUCGGAGAGGAGUUCUACAGUCGUACAUCUAACUCAACACCAUCUCUCCAGAGUAUGGGUGAAGAGGGAGAGCAGCUGGUGUACAUCCCUCAUGGUGUACAGAUAUUCUUUGUGACUCCUGAAGGGCAGGUGAGCGCUCCGUCGUACCCGGGCUACCUGAGGCUGGUGAAGUUCACUACUGACCAUGAUAACAGAACGCCCAACCGACCACCGGCAUUUCUGCAGGUGUGUGACUGGCUAUACCCUCUCAUGGCCAUGGACUCGCCAGUGUUGCUGUGUAACACCGGUGUGUUUAUGUUUCCGGACAUGAUGGCGCCAGCUCCAGGCUAUUAUGUGGGGGUGGUGUUGUCCUCUGAGCUGCCUGCUGCAGACAGAGAGAUGUUCAAGGACCUGCUCUCCCAGAUGACAGAUCUCAGGGUUCAGCCUCCAGAUGAAGCUGCAGACAGCAUUAAUCUCAGCCAGAAGGUGUCCAUCGUUACACCUGAGGAGACUGAACCAACAGCGACCGACGAGGAGAAGGCUCUGCCUGAGUGGAGUGAAAAGGUGGCAAGCGGGAUCUUGACAGGUGCGUCAUGGCUAAGCUGGGGCCUGGUGAAAGGAGCCGAGUUCACAGGCAAGGCCAUUCACAAAGGGGCAUCUAAACUCAGAGAACACAUCACCCCAGAGGACAAACCUGCCCACGUCAGCCCCACAGUCACCAAAGGCCUCCAUGUUGCCAAGCAAGCGACGGGGGGAGCCGUCAAAGUCAGCCAGUUUCUAGUGGACGGGGUGUGCGCGGUCGCUGGCGUCGUGGGUCGAGAGUUGGCUCCACACGUGAAAAAACAUGGAGGCAAGCUGAUCCCAGAGUCUAUGAAGAAAGACAAGGAUGGGCGUUCCAACAUAGACGGAGCCAUGGUGGUGGCUGCCAGCGGAGUCCAAGGAUUUGCGACCAUGUGGACGGGUUUGGAAGUAGCAGCAAAGGACAUUACUACGAGUGUAGCAUCAGAGACAGUCACCACUGUAAAACACAAGUACGGAGCAGCAGCAGGACAAGCCACAGACCACGCCGUCAAUUCUGCCAUUAAUGUCGGCCUCACUGCCUUCAAUGUUGACAACCUGGGGAUCAAAGCUGUGGUGAAAAGGACUGGCAAGCACACAGCGCAGGCCAUUUUGGAAGAACACAAGCUGCAGGAAAAACCAGAGAAUGGGAAGCAAGUGGAGAAAUCGGGCAAAUAGCCGGUAGUACACUGCCUCCUUACGUCAGCAAUGCCUUAAAGCAUAAUAUGUAUUCUUCUAUCAAAUAAAUGUAAAUUUAAUAUUCAUUAUUUAUAAAAUAAUGUUCUAUAUUUACAAGAUAACUACUGUUCUAUGCAUAUCCUACGGUUUGAUACAGCUCUUAAGCACUUUAAUCUUUAUGUAAAAGAAGGUAGAUGGACCUAAAUGAAAAGAAACAGCAGCAGAUUAUACAACCCAAAUGAAAACAUGGUUAUACAGUAUAUUGAUACACACUGCAACAUUCAGGUAUUAUCACUUAACUUGGAAGGUACCAGUUUAAUUCUGCUCUUUGUACUAAGACAACAUUAAAUAGUUGACUAGACACUGGAAAUGUUCCUAAUCUUCGUGAAGCAUCUGUGUGUUUGAGUUUUUCCCUAGUAGGGUAAGUGCAAUUUAUAUACUUUGAAUGAAUGAUUAAAAUAUUAUCUGUGAGUCGGUAUCUUCAGAUAUAACUGUUUCAGAUAAAAACAAGUGUCUGUUAUGCUGUUGUUAUUCCCUGUGGUGUUUAAAGUGAGAAUUAAUCACUGCUGCUUACUGUGCCUGCAAACAUCAAAUGAUAUACAAAAAUCAAAUAUGUUGUAAAACUGAAGCUGUAAGUCUAUAGUCCAUGUGUGUUUAUGUAAUAGACCUUCAAUAUGUGGCAAGAGAGUUUUGCCAUCUUAUGAAUGAGGGUUACUAAAAUGUUAAUGCCUCUCAACUGCAAGUCUGAGGAGUCUAAAACUGUCUAACCGGUUAUAUUUGUGUUCUGCUACAAUGUGCAGCGCUGUCUUCUGUGUUUCAGUUCAGUUGGACCGACAUAUUAUCAAAAUGUUAAUGUUUAUAGUAUUUCAUAUAAAAAUCUAGAUUUCAUUUUGGACAAAACAUUUAACAAAAUGUGAAUUUUGAAGUGUGAUAUUAACUUUUUUUGCAAACUAUAUAUUUUGUUUUUGAGUGAUCUGGUUUGUAAUCUUUUUAAACUCCAGCUUUAAGGCCUCAGCAGGCAAAUGUAACUUUCAGAUAGCUUUCAAGUACUGUACUUGCGCAUUGAGAUUUCUUUCCCAUCUGAAAUACUGAGAUUUUUCUGAAAAAAUAAAAUGUUUAAAGACAAAACAA